UUUAUAGCAAUAUCGAAGACGUUUGACGAGGCGUCCUGUGUUGACGUCUCUUCUUUUUUCUUUUUUGGCUAAAGGCAGCAGCGGCCAUGAGCAAGCUAUGAAAGAUACUGAGAGCGAGGAGGCUGAGGCGCUGCUGGCCUUGUAGAGAACUAAAAGGGGAUCAGUCAUGCCAAGCAAUCCAGCACCAGCAGUGUGAGGAGAGUAAGGCGGGUACUGGCCCCGGAACUGGACGGCUAGAAUGAAGCGCAUAGAGACACGAGAGAUCAAGGGGUCAGCUGGACCUGGAAGUAUAGAAGAGGCAUGGCGAGAUCAGUCACUAUGGACCCACUUAUCUGUUGAAGAAGCUGUCAUUCACGAUUGUACAUUGAGGAGACACCAGAGCAGGCUUUUGAUUUGGUCGAUGAUGCUGUUAUUAUCGACGGUGAUCUCUUUGGCCUGUGUGCUUGGAGUCGAAUCCCUCCCGACCUGGAUAGAUUCGAGGUGGUCUACGGUCAAGGAAUGUAUAACGGACCUCAAGGUCGUUUCAUGCGACGAUUUCGAUUGUGGAUUGGAAGGAUAUCAUCGGAUAGAUUCGUUUUUAAAUUUGUCAGAGAACACGACGGUAUGGAACUAUGUGUUUUACAAAUCAGAGUUGGAUCAAGAUCCUGGAAAUUGCAUUACGGACCUUCGGGUCGUACCGGAGGGAGAAGAUUGCCCAACGGCACCAUACUGGAAGUCCUGCGGCGUGUCGGCCCAUCAUGGCGUGACCUCCACUGGUGGACCUACCAUUUGGGCUCAAUAUGAACCUGGAGCUCAGUACGCGGGUGAAGUGGUUGAUCUCGUCGUGCUUCGACCGGGCCAAUACCCCGACAAGACUGAAGAUUUCAUUCGACAACCUGUCAACUUGGGUCUGGGCUCCAGAGCGGCAAGUGCGAGCUAUCCUCAAUGGGUCGAAUACGAAUCCAUAUCAUCCGGUUGGGUCUGGCUUGUGAGUACCUGAUGCCUGUGCCUGGAAGCGUGAUGAUGAACCGGACUGAUUCUGCUCUGCUUUAGGAAUACACUAAAGCUGGUGUAAGACCACCCAUCACUGGUGUCAAGAUCGUCGCUUGUCCGGAAGAUUCCACUGCCGCGGAAUGUGGACGAGAUCUCA